AAACGUCCCUACGUGUAAAGAGAUUUGGCGAACAAUAGACGUGCAUACGUGAGGGCCCGGUGCUUAGGUUAAAGAGCUUACAAGUGCUCGCUCAUGACACAGGCACUAGGCGAAGUCACAACUGUUGUGGUAGAAAUUAACCAUGGGGCUAGUGUGCAGCACGGGGGGUGAGCUGCCCAUCUCAGGACCUGUGGUGGGAUGUCCCGUGUGUGACAAUAGACCGUCCGAACAGGCAACGUGGGCAGAGCAGUUUCAGGUGUCACAGGAGAGACUUCAGCACCUGGCCAGGUGGAACGAACAGGCUCCAUUCUUCAGCACGUUUGAAGGGUUGGUGGACUACUUGACGGGCCAGACCACUAGCGAUGUGGAGAGGUUCUGGGUCCUGUUCCACUGGAUUCAACUGGAAUGUCGUCGUCACGAGCAAACACACAAACCCCAGUCCGAGGACUCCCCAUGGGGGUUUCUGAGGGCGGUUCAGAACAGGACGAGAUCACACGCAGAGCUGUACAAGAAAUUGUGCAGGACUGCUCACUUGAAGUGUAAGAUUGUGAGCGGACUUUGCAAGUCCAUUGCGGACACGUCUGAAGAAGCAUCUGUGACUGGGGGUGCAUCCAAGUCAUCGUGGAACGAGGUAACCAUAAACGGAAGGCGCGGAUUGGUCGACUGCGGACUUGAACUAGACUUCGAGCAAAUUCGAAUUCCGCCAUUUUACUUUUUGUCCCAACCAACCCAUUUUGCCACUGCCCACUUUCCGGAUAACAAGUCUCAUCAGUUGCUAGAGGUCAACAUCACGUUGGAACAGUUCCAAGGUCACGUCAAUUGUUUCCCACACUUUUUUGGCCUUGAAAAAGAUGCGAUAGAGAACCAUUCAGGUGAUGUAAGUACAAAUGACGGCAUAGCUGUUCUAAAGCUCGGAACUACUAAGCCAGUUAAAUGCUGCCUACAAAGCUCGGACAGAAUCACAGUUCAAAGUAGAUUCGACCUCAGCAAACAUGUGAAACAGCUGAGGACUUCUGUAGAUGGCCAGGUGGCCAUUAUUGUCCGACCGCCAUUUCUCGGACGAUACAAAUUGAAGGUCUGGCUACAAGAUGAAAAGAGUGACACUUUGUUGCCAGUCUGUAGGUAUACUAUAGUGUGUGGAAAGGUAGCCAAGGACUGUUCGCCUUUUAAAAGUGACGCUGAGUCCCACCAGAGAACUUAUCAAAGGAAAAAGAAAAACCGCACCUCGACAAGUUCCCAAGAGCCGACAAAACCAACCCGACCGUCCUCAAUCACCUGGUCGGACGAGCCAGUGGCAUCGCCGGGGAAAAGUCGGUCUGCACGAAGAAGGCUACAGAAGGACAAAUAUUCUGACCAAGUUUCAUCAGAAGUUGCUCCCACUGAAAACAUGCCACCUGUUGAGGGAAAUGCAGACUACCCAAAAACGUACAAGGCAUGGACGCGGGAGUGUGUCCUGUACAGACCUAAAGCGAGGACGCUCUCCAAAGGCGCUUUAGUCAAAUUCAAACUUGCAGUACCACACAUCAACCGCUUGGCGGUGCUUUUGCCUUUCUCUGAGGAUGGUUACAAAAAAGUUCCGCUGAAGUCGAGAGACGGAGGUACCACGUGGAAGGGAAAGGCUAGGGUUCCUAACGGGGACGACGCAGAAAGACGAUAUGUGUUUGUAGUGGGGACGCCCAACGGCACAACUGAAGGACAAUACUUACUGGAGUACGAUAUAGGAGACAGGAACCCACCGGAAGGGGAAUCUAUGGAGGAUCACGACAACGAUCUGAAACUGCAUGACCUGAGAGAUUCCCGCCUCAAACCCCUCCCGGACGGUUUCACCUAUCACAUCAUGAUCAGCUACUCCUGGGCGCAGCAGGAAGUCAUCAUCAAGGUCAAAGAACAUCUCAACAAAGUCGGCUACAGGGUGUGGUUAGACAAGGACGAGAUGGGCGGGACCAUGCUGGAGUCCAUGGCCCGCGGAGUCAGGUCAUCUGCCAUCGUCAUCAUCGCCUUUUCUGAGGAUUACGUCAUCAGCGACAACUGCAAAAGAGAAGCCAACUUUGCCAGUGACCAGAAAAGGGAAAUCGUACCAUUGAAGAUGACGACGUACUAUCCUGACAACUGGUUAGGCAUGCUGAUUUCUGGAAAGUACUACGUCGACUUCUCUUCGCCUGGGCCUCUCGAUGAUAAACUGAAGGAACUGGAGUUCCAAAUUGAGAACAGGCUGAAGAAGCUGGCUCAAUGAACAGUGCUAAACUAUGACUUCAGCCCUCCUGCAAAAGUGCGCAAGAAAUAUUGUGACUUUCUUAAUGCCGUAGUCUUAGCCCUUCAAUGUGCUUUAACAGUUGAUACUGAACAAGUUCCAACCAACUCGUAUGUCCCGAAUUGAGGUCAUUGACCUCGCUCGCCAGGCAGAACAACUGUCUAUGGACUAUACCGCACUACUUUCAGGAUGGAGGUGUCCAACUUCAAAGCUGAAGUAAAUAAAAAUACUGCUUGGACCG